AUGAUAGGAACGGCGGUACUGGUGCUGGCCAUCUUACUGGGUUCCAAAUCUCUUAAAUAUUUCACCUCGUCGCGCGCCAAACAUUCCAGCACCCGCCAUCCGUGUAGCCCUUGUCUCCAAUUGCCUGCAAGCCGAGUUCGGCUGAUCCGUGGAUUGUCCUAUGGUCUGGUCAGUGGGAUUCUGUCGGCGCACUCGCUUCUGUUGGCCAAAUCCGCUGUUGAGUUGCUCGUGCGGACGGUCGUGGACCGCGUCAACCAGUUCAAUCGGUGGCAGUCAUGGGUUAUUUUGAUCGCUAUGAUCUCUCUUGCCUUGACGCAACUUUUCUAUCUCCACCGCGGCCUGAAACAGUGCAGCACCAGCGUUCUCUACCCGUUCGUCUUCUGCAUCUAUAACAUCAUCGCCAUCCUGGACGGACUUAUCUACUUCCGCCAGAUGUCGCAGUUGACAGGCUUUCACGCGGGACUGAUCGCGCUCGGCACCAUCGUGCUCCUAAGCGGCGUUCUCUGUCUGUCGUGGCGCUUGGAGGUGGUCGACAGCCACGCAGCCGUGACCGUUCCCGCGCCCACCCAGACCGCACUGGGACCGGGGAUGCCUGUCGUCGACGAACAUCCCCAUUCUCCCAUCGGCCUGGAGCCCGAGGAAGACGAAGAAAAUCAGAUUGGCGAACGCGAACCGCUUCUGCGAGCCGCUCCUCCACCCCGUGGUCUUCCUCAUCGACGCACCCCCAGUCUCCCUCUCCUCUCCCCGUCACACCAACGGAGCUCCACCGACGUUGACCCAGCUUCGAUCUGGGCCGAGCUCGACGAUUCCGAUUACGAAUAUGCCGACACCGACGUUCAAUCCCCAUUACUCAACCGGGCCGACCCAUUCCAAACCCGACCACGGAGCAAGACUGGCCGAGACGGCUCCCUGCGUGCCUCUCGGCACCAUCCUCUGCGCCCUCAUCGACUGUCCCUUUCCGAGCGCAGAACUUCCGCCCCAGCUGCCGAAAUCCGCAAGCCUCAAAGACGGCAUCUUGAUUCGAACACCGUCCAUCCCCUGGCCCGGGGAUACGGUACGCAAGAUGACCGGUCCGAUCAGGUCUUCUCAUCUAGCCAAACUCAUCAUAGACAUAGCCACAGUCACACACGCCACGCAUCAUCCCCGAAUCCCACACAUACCUCAAAUACCCACAGCCAUUCUCAAUUUCACUCUCGACCCCGCCCCCUCGCAGGCCCGAGGAGUGUUCUCAACACCGCCUGGAGAAGUCUCGCCCGGUGGACGGGAUACGGACGACGACGGCCCUCCGAGGACCCUGAGGCUCUUGAUUCUCGAUUUGAGGAUAGUCACGGGCUAUAA